AAGAACCCCGAGCCUCUCACGGGGCCCCCCGUUAUAUCGGCCUGGGCUGAGGCUGGCUCCACCCCUCACCCUGCCCACCUUCUAGAUCUCUCGAGCUCUUUCCCGAGGGCUCCCUAGAGCUCCUUUAUACCACGUGACCGCCCAGCUGCCCCCGUCCGCCGGUGGCCCCCCUCCAGUAUCAUCCGGUCACGUUUCGGCAGGUCAACCAGCGUAUUAUGCCCCAACGUAACCCUGGCUGGCUGACACUCCCUCUCGCUCCCUCACCGGGAGCCUGCACCGCACACUGUACGUGGUGCCUCUGCGCUAACCAGCGCUCACCCAAGCCCUACUAGGGCUGGUUCUACGCCCAGUAAGCGGGCUGCACAUAAUGACAUCCGCCGUGGCUUCGCAAGCCUGGCACCACACAGUGACAUUCACAGUCACUACAAAAUGGAGAAAAGCGACAAAAAAAUAGAAAAGGAAAAUAAGUGUUCUUGGACAGCACACAUCGCUAUCAGAUACGAAGUGUUCAGGGAGCCUCCAGUGGAGCACCCCCCUUUCUGGGCUGACUUGGUGAUUGGGUUCCGCGCAAUGACCGAUCAGGAACUGUCUGGGUUUCCUGGGCACACCUUCGGCUGGUUCUUCACCACGCUGCAGUGCGAGAGCUCCUUUUACCUGCCCUGGCUGAUGAAGAAGCUGCAGUCGGCAAAUGUAGAGCUAAAGAAGACGCAUGUGGAAAAUAUAUGGCAUCUUCAUGGUCAGUAUGAUGUGGUUGUCAACUGCACAGGCCUGGGCUCCCACGCAUUAUUUGGAGACAAUGAAGUGUAUCCGGUGCGUGGGCAAGUGAUAAUGGUGCGCGCUCCCUGGCUAAAGCACUUUGUGCGUGCAGGGGAUGGGCACACUUACAUAUAUCCGGGGGUGCGUGACGUGACACUUGGCGGCACGCGUCAGAGUCACUGGGGUAUGCUGCUGCCCAUAGCGGAAGAUUCCCUGGGCAUAUGGGAGCGGUGUUGCGCCCUAGUGCCAUCCCUAAAGAGAUCGCGGCGACUUGCCGAGCGAGUCGGGCUGCGGCCAAGCCGGGCCUCGAUCCGCCUGGAGAGGGAAUGCCUGGCGUGUGGGGCACUGCACAUGACGGUGGUGCACUGCUAUGGACACGGGGGAGUCGGGGUGACGCUGCACUGGGGCUGCGCCAGAGAAGUGGCAGCGCUCGUCUGUGACAGCCUCCGAGGCCACGUCGCGAGCGCUAAGCUGUGAGCAAGUUGUUGCACGAUAUGCUUACGCGAACUAAUUUACAAAGCGAUAGAGAUAUCGCUUGCAUUGUUAAGGUCUAAUAAUGGAUUAAAUUACUUUCAAUUAUUUUUGUACACCAGUUUAACGAUAAUAAUAGAGCCACUUUCAAACGUCGCAUCAGUAUGCGUGUAAAGUAGCAAAUUUAAGACAAAGGUGUGUAUGCAUUGAGAAUAUUCCAUGCUGCUGUGACACUGCAGGCGUGCACCCAUCCACGGCGCAUACUCGGGGCUGCCCCUUCCUAGGUCCAGCAGCUAAAGCAGGUUGUUUGUCAGCCAUGCCAGGGGCAGCCGAGCCUUUUUGUCACUAUUAAGGGAGAGUGCAGUGAUUUGUGGGCCAGUCACCUUUACAUUUUUUUUAUUUAUAAUGCUUAAUUAUCUAGCUUAUAUCGGAUUGGUUGUUCCUUCGAUGUCAUGACACCUAUUGGAAAAUUUGAUUGUGAUAAUAAUUGUUCAACUUAUCACUGAGCUGAAACACUAAUUCGCCCGUAUAACGAGUGUACAAAUUACAAUAUGAUUGGUUUUGGCUGCAUCAGGUGGUGGAGGGUCUUAAUGACACAAUUUUGGUCGGUCACGCAGUGUUUACCUUCGCCAGGUUAUUACAUUUGUUUUGCUGCUAACGUGUAUUAAUUGUAAUUUAAUGCAAAGUUUAAAAAAAUAGAUACUUAAUGAUGAAAAUUGUAUGAAUAAAACUAAUAUAAUUUGACACGUGCAUCCUUGGUGUAAUAUGUAAUUAUUCACUUUUCCAUAAUUUCAUAAAUGCCGUGUUGUGGAUGCUAUUUUACUUCAUGAUUAAUCUUUCCUUCAAGCAUCUGUUUCAAGUCUGCCAGAAUCUUUCAUGACUAUCAAGGCUUGGAUGUAAUCCAGUUUUCUUCAGUUGAAUUUUGACGGAGUCGUUUAUUGCUGGGUCCACACACCAGCUUUCUAAGACUGAUUCAGUCUUUGUGACAAUUGAUGGCCACAAUAUUGGUGCUACUCAGGCAGUUCACAGUCACAGUGUUGUCCUUAAUGCCUCUGAAACACACAUUAACACCUAAUUAGCUCACAGUGACGACACCACAUUUACCCCCACUAUUUAAGACCGAAAUCGGAGGAUUUCUUCACAAUUCUGGCUGUCGCCUGAUGAGACUGGUUGUAAUUAUCGGCUAAAUGUCGUACUCUAAUAAAAAAUGUAGGUUUAGCCCCCAACACACCGGUGUGCUGAACUAUUAACUAAUUGGCAUGUUGUGUUUACGUGACAAACUUUAUUAAUUGGCUUGUCCAGUGGUGGUGGGCUUAAUGACACAUUUAUAUUUAUGUGAUUUAACCCCAAAAAAACGUCCUAUGGACGAUCACUAUGACUUCGUUUUUUCAUCUGAAAAAUAUAGCCCAGCUGCAUCCUUUCACUAUCGGACACUUGAGAAGCUGGUUCAUGCGUUUGUUUUCUCUCGUAUUGACUUUUGUAAUUCUGUAUUCGCUGGCGUCCUCCUUUAACUGUCGUCUACAACACUUGCAGAACGCGGAUGCCAGAAUUCCUACGCACAGCACGCCUGUUGCUGAACACACUACCCCUGCACUGGCAUCUCUCCAUUGGCUGCUGGUCCGGUUUCAAGUAGAGUUCAAGAUUCUUCUCACCUACCAGGCUCUCAAUCAUGCUGCUCCCUCAUAUAUACAGGACCUCCUUUGCCUAAAAUGUUCCAACAAGAGCACUGCGGUUUUCAGAGUCUGGCUGAUGUGUGUGUGUGUGUGUGCCGAGGUCACGUCUGGAGGACGAUGGGUUACCAGGCCUUUUCUCGUGUGGCCCCCAGGCUGUGGAAUUCACUUCCACUGGACGUUUGCUCUGCUGCCUCCCUAAUUUUAUUAAAACUUAUUCCUUAGGCCUU